AUGCAGGACAACCAACAAUCAGCAGCAAACAUCAAAAGCAAAAAAAUCCUAGGCUGGAAUCCUGCACCCAGCAGCAAGUCUACACUGGGAAAGACACAACAAUCAGCAGCAAGUAUCAAAAGCAAAAAAAAUCCUAGGCUGGAAUCCUGCACCCAGCAGCAAGUCUACACUGGAAUCAUGCACCCAGCAGCAAGUCUACCAACUUUCCAACAACAACAUUUGCAGGGAUUCGAAAUUAUACCUAUGAGGUGCACGGAUUGGGGGUCCUCAGGCUUUUUGCUGUUUUGUCCUUUGCGCUUGUGUAUAAGGACCCAAGACAAAUUCUGGAUUUACUCUUACCUUCGGAUGGAUAUCGGAAGGCAUGGGUGCUAUGAGAUCGAGGACCAAUGGAUGCCGGUGGACGUUAGUGACGGUGCUGGCAGAGGUUUGAGACAGAGGAAUGUACCCAGAGGCAUCCAACACUUUCAGCUCAGGCUCCUUCAGCUACUGAACGUGCCAAGAAUUGAAUUCUCUGCCACUAGCACGUAUAAUGUCGAUUUCACUGCAAAAAUUGGGGGUAAGGCAUCUGAGCAGAUUUGGGGUUCUUUGACCCAACUCAAAUACGCCAACCCAAAUCCCCAUUUUUCCGAGCAUCCGGCCUAG